AUGGAGAUCAGAAGAGCCGAGAUCAGAGACUUCGCUGGCAUGCAACAUGCUAAUCUCUCCAACCUCCCCGAGAACUACCAGAUGAAAUAUUACCUCUAUCACGCCCUGACAUGGCCGCAAUUGUCCUACGUAGCUGUCAACCCGGACGGAAAGAUUGUCGGCUAUGUUCUUGCGAAGAUGGACGAAGAGCCGAAAGACGGCAAGAAGAACGGACACAUCACGAGUUUGUCGGUGUUGCGAACAUACAGACGGUUAGGACUGGCGGAGAAGUUGAUGAAGCAAAGUCAGAGGGCUAUGGCGGAAUCCUUCGGAGCGGAGUAUGUUAGCUUGCACGUGAGGAAGAGUAAUAGGGCCGCAUUGGCUCUGUAUAGGGAUACAUUGGGAUUCACUGUUAAGGAGAUUGAGAAGGGAUACUAUGCCGAUAAGGAGGAUGCGUACUCAAUGUUCAUGGACUUAACGGACUUGAACCCACGGAACAAGAAGCUGGAGGAGUCUGCGGAGGACAAGGAGGUACAGGAUUUGGCAGUGAAGACGGCAGAGUUGCAGGUGGAGGCGGCAUGA